AUGCCAAACUCGUAUAUUCUAAUUAAGGGUGGAACGGUGAUCCCCAUGAUUGCAUCGGGAGGGACACCCCUCUACAAUUGCGACAUUCUAAUAGAGAACGAUUGGAUAAAGGAUAUGGGUCAAGAUCUACCCUUGCCAACUGGAAGCAAUGCGUCCAUUAUUGAUGCGAAAAAUUCCAUUAUUACUCCCGGAUUCGUCGACGGCCACCAUCACAUGUGGCAGCAUCUUCUGCGCGGUAUCACGGCUGAUUGGUCUCUCUUUGGUUAUGCGUGUCAUUUGAGAAGUGUCUAUGGGAGUCUGUACACACCAGAAGAUGUCUACUUUGCGACAUACGCUGCUGCAUUGAGUUUGCUUAACAACGGCGUCACCACCGUCUUGGACCACUGUCAUGUUAUAAACUCGCCGGCACAUGCCGAUGCAGCCAUCAAGGGCUUGAAAGAUGCUGAGAUUCGAGGCACAUUCUGUUAUGGAUUCUACCAGAACCCCAAAAGCCCCGGAGAUUUCGCGAGCACUGCAGCGGACACGUUUGAUCCGGCCGCACGAGCCGAUGAUGCCCUUCGUGUGCGCGACGAAUUCUUUCCGAGCAACGAUCCCAGUAGGUCGCUUCUUACUUUCGGUAUUGCAUUAAACGACCCACCCACGCAAUCCUCGGAAAAGACAAUCGGGGAACUGGAUAUCGCGAGAAAGCUCAAAGCCAGGCUCACGACUGUACAUUCUUCGGUGAUAUCUCUCAAUGGGGACCCUAAGCCGGAAGUCGUCCAGUGUUUUGCUGAUGCACAGCUCAUGGGACCGGACCUCGUAUUCAGUCACGGAGGUUGGAUGACCAAUAGCGAGCUGGCUGCGGUACAGAGCUCUGGGGCUGGUAUUGUCGGGACACCCGACACAGAGUUGCAAAUGGGAAUGGGAUACCCGGUGGUAUGGGAAGCUGCCGAUCUGGGCUGCCGCUCUUGCCUUGGACUCGAUAUCACUUCAAAUCAAGGCAAUGAUUUCAUGGCGCAGAUGAGAUUGGCUCUUCAGACGCAACGCGCUCACGACUGUGAUUACCGCACGGUCCACAGAAAUGUCCGCAGGAAGACGGUGGAUGUGUUACGCAUGGCAACGCUAGGAGGCGCAGAGGUUGUGGGCAUGGACUCACUGAUUGGUUCUGUCGUUCCUGGUAAAAAGGCCGACCUGGUGAUGUUCCGCUGUGACGACAUUGAUACGGUGCCCGUUGUCGACCCUAUCGCGACAGUGGUCUUCCAUGCAUCGCCAAAGAACAUUGACACUGUUAUUGUGGACGGAAGGAUUGUCAAGCAGAAUGGUCAGCUUGUCGGUAUUGAUUGGGAGUCCCUACAAGACCAAAUUAAAAGCAGAUCCCAACGACUGAGGGACCAAGCAAGCAAAGUCGAUAUGGAGAAGGCUGAAUUGCUCUUCCGGUCCAUAUUCGAGAAGGCCAUGGGAGAUCAAAGCACAUGA